AUGCAGCAAGAUGUGGAGGCCCUGUGUUGCUCCGCCACGGGCACCCCCAACGUGCCCUGGGAAGCAGGAGCCCUCGUUGCGGACCUCGAGACCUCAGAAGAGACGCAGGCGUGGAGCCUGGGCAGGCCCACCAAGUCCUCGAAGCAGUACUUGCGCCAGGUCAUUGCAGAAUAUGAGGCACUGGACCGAGAGCUCCCCUGCAUCCGGAAGUUCCCCACGCCACCCACAGCCCAGCCCCUCUGCCUGUGCAUGGAGACCUCGCCUGACGAGGACCUUACCCACCUGGAGGUGCUGGAGGCGCUGGAGGCCGCAUUACCCGGGGCCAUGGAGAGCGGCCGCGUGAGCAGCAUCCGCUUUGAGAACUUGAACGUCAUCUGUGGGACUGCGGGGCGCAGGGACCGGUGGCUCAUCACGGUCACAGACUUCCAGACCCGCUCCCGCCUGCUGCGCUCAGGGCUCUGUCUCCGCGGGUCAACGCACCCUCUCGUGCGCCACGACGAACUGCUGCUGAACGAUUAUCGCCUGCAUCUGCGCCGCUCCCUGGUCCGACGGCGCAUGCUCGAGGCUCUGGGGGCGGAGCCGACUGAGAAAGACUGACAAGUGGGGACGGGCUCCGGCUGCGCUUGCGCACCGCCCUGCUGGUUCGGGCGGCUCUCCCGGUACCCGGGAAGAAAGGGGGCGUUACCUCCCCAGGAAGGAGGCGGGGCCAGCUCGAGGGGGUGGAUACUGUGAGUUUAAUUAUAAAGAAUGACCUGGUACAAAAGCCAUUUCUCUCUGCAAAAUCUUGGUGGGGAGUCAGGGGAGAUGAUGGGGGGUAGGAACGAACCCCCAUAAUAUAAUGCCGCCUUCCUAAUCUUCCCCCAGUCCCUGCAAAUGGGCGCCUGGGUCCCAAUCCCUUGAGGGAUGAACUGAGGCCCGCGAGAGGGAAGACCUGGGCGCCGGGGCUCUCAUCGCGUGCCGAUCCCUGUCUCAGCGAGAACCAAAGGUCCUCAUCCGCCCCCCUCCUGUUCCUCCUCCCACCCCCCCUUGGAAGACAAUUCUCCGGGCUUUUAUUUCAGGUUUUUUUUCUGGAUUUUUUUGUGUUCUAGGGUACUUUUUUCUUUUUUG